AUGUUCAAGAGCGGUCUCGCCCGGUCCUUCGGGAGGGCUGCUUUUGCCCGCCCGGCCCCCGUCGCUCGCGCCUUCCAGCCUCUCCGCUCCAAUGCCCUCCCGGCCCUGUCUGCCCGCCUCGCCAGCUCGAGUGCCGUCCAGACUGGCAAGAUUCACCAGGUCAUUGGUGCCGUCGUUGACGUCAAGUUCGAGGGCGACAAGCUGCCUGCCAUUCUGAACGCCCUGGAGACCGAGAACAACGGCCAGAAGCUGGUGCUGGAGGUCGCGCAACACUUGGGUGAGAAUGUCGUCCGUGCCAUUGCUAUGGACGGUACUGAGGGUCUGACCCGUGGUGCUGCCGCGCACGACACCGGCGCCCCCAUCACGAUCCCCGUCGGCCCGGCAACCCUGGGCCGUAUCAUCAACGUUACUGGUGACCCCAUUGACGAGCGUGGCCCCGUCAAGGCUACCAAGUUCCUUCCCAUCCACGCUGACCCCCCGGCGUUCGUCGAGCAGUCGACCUCGGCUGAGAUUCUGGUCACCGGUAUCAAGGUCGUCGACCUGCUUGCCCCCUACGCCCGUGGUGGUAAGAUUGGUCUGUUCGGUGGUGCCGGUGUCGGCAAGACUGUGUUCAUCCAGGAGUUGAUCAACAACAUUGCUAAGGCUCACGGUGGUUACUCCGUCUUCUGUGGUGUCGGUGAGCGUACCCGUGAGGGUAACGAUCUGUACCACGAGAUGCAGGAGACUGGUGUCAUCCAGCUCGAGGGUGAAUCCAAGGUCGCCCUGGUGUUCGGUCAGAUGAACGAGCCCCCAGGUGCCCGUGCCCGUGUCGCCCUGACCGGUCUGACCAUCGCCGAGUACUUCCGUGACGAGGAGGGUCAGGAUGUGCUGCUCUUCAUUGACAACAUUUUCCGUUUCACCCAGGCCGGUUCCGAGGUGUCUGCCCUGCUGGGCCGUAUCCCCUCGGCCGUCGGUUACCAGCCCACCCUGGCCGUCGACAUGGGUGUCAUGCAGGAGCGUAUUACCACCACCCAGAAGGGCUCUAUCACCUCCGUCCAGGCCGUCUACGUGCCCGCUGACGAUCUGACUGAUCCUGCCCCCGCCACCACCUUCGCCCAUCUGGACGCCACCACUGUGCUGUCCCGUGGUAUCUCCGAGUUGGGUAUCUACCCGGCUGUCGACCCGCUGGACUCCAAGUCCCGUAUGCUGGACCCCCGUAUCAUCGGUGACGACCACUACAACACCGCCACCCGCGUCCAGCAGAUGCUCCAGGAGUACAAGUCGCUGCAGGACAUCAUCGCCAUUCUGGGUAUGGACGAGUUGUCCGAGGCUGACAAGCUCACCGUCGAGCGCGCCCGUAAGCUGCAGCGUUUCCUGUCCCAGCCGUUCGCCGUCGCCCAGGUCUUCACUGGUAUCGAGGGCACCCUGGUCGACCUGAAGGACACCAUCCGCAGCUUCAAGGCCAUCAUCGCCGGUGAGGGAGACGAUCUCCCCGAGAACGCCUUCUACAUGGUCGGCGACUUCGAGUCUGCCCGUGCCAAGGGUGAGAAGAUUCUGGCUGAGCUCGAGGGUUCGUCUUAG